AUGGAAUCUGGGAGAAGGGGAUGGAAUCUGGGAGAAGGAGAUGGAAUCUGGGAGAAGGGGAUGGAAUCUGGGAGAAGGGGAUGGAAUCUGGGAGAAGGGGAUGGAAUCAGGGAGAAGGGGAUGGAAUAUGGGAGAAGGGGAUGGAAUCUGGGAGAAGGGGAUGGAAUCUGGGAGAAGGGGAUGGACUCUGGGAGAAGGGGAUGGAAUCUGGGAGAAGGGGAUGGAAUCUGGGAGAAGGGGAUAGAAUCUGGGAGAAGGGGAUGGAAUCUGGGAGAAGGGGACGGAAUCAGGGAGAAGGGGAUGAAAUCUGGGAGAAGGGGAUGGAAUCUUGGAGAAGGGGGUGGAAUCUGGAGAAGGGGAGGGAAUCUGGGAGAAGGGGAUGGAAUUUGGGAGAAGGAGAUGGAAUCUGGGAGAAGGGAAUGGAAUCUGGGAGAAGGGGAUGGAAUCUGGGAGAAGGGGAUGGAAUCUGGGAGAAGGGGAUGGAAUAUGGGAGAAGGGGAUGGAAUCAGGGAGAAGGGGAAGGAAUCUGGGAGAAGGGGAUGGAAUCUGGGAGAAGGGGAUGGAAUCUGGGAGAAGGGGAUGGAAUCUAGGAGAAGGGGAUGGAAUCUGGGAGAAGGGGAUGGAAUCAAGGAGAAGGGGAUGGAAUCGGGGAGAAGGGGUUGGAAUCAGGGAGAAGGGGAUGGAAUUUGGGAGAAGGGGAUGGUAUCUGGGAGAAGGGGAUGGAAUCUAGGAGAAGGGGAUGGAAUCUGGGAGAAGGGGAUGGAAUCUGGGAGAAGGGGAUGGAAUCUAGGAGAAGGGGAUGGAAUCUGGGAGAAGGGGAUGGAAUCUGGGAGAAAGGGAUGGAAUCUGGGAGAAGGGGAUGGAAUCUGGGAGAAGGGGAUGGAAUCUGGGAGAAGGGGAUGGAAUCUGGGAGAAGGGGAUGGAAUCUGGGAGAAGGGGAUGGUAUCUGGGAGAAGGGGAUGGAAUCUAGGAGAAGGGGAUGGAAUCUGGGAGAAGGGGAUGGAAUCUGGGAGAAGGGGAUGGAAUCUGGGAGAAGGGGAUGGACUCUGGGAGAAGGGGAUGGAAUCUGGGAGAAGGAGAUGGAAUCUAGGAGAAGGGGAUGGAAUCAGGGAGAAGGGGAUGGAAUCUGGGAGAAGGGGAUGGAAUCAGGGAGAAGAGGAUGAAAUCUGGGAGAAGGGGAUAGAAUCUGGGAGAAGGGGGGGAUGGAAUCUGGGAGAAGGGGAUGGAAUCAGGGAGAAGGGGAUGGAAUAUGGGAGAAGGGGAUGGAAUCUGGGAGAAGGGGAUGGAAUCUGGGAGAAGGGGAUGGACUCUGGGAGAAGGGGAUGGAAUCUGGGAGAAGGGGAUGGAAUCUGGGAGAAGGGGAUAGAAUCUGGGAGAAGGGGAUGGAAUCUGGGAGAAGGGGAUGGACUCUGCGAGAAGGGGAUGGAAUCUGGGAGAAGGGGAUGGAAUCUAGGAGAAGGGGAUGGAAUCAGGGAGAAGGGGAUGGAAUCUGGGAGAAGGGGAUGGAAUCAGGGAGAAGAGGAUGAAAUCUGGGAGAAGGGGAUAGAAUCUGGGAGAAGGGGGUGGACACUGGGAGAAGGGGAUGGAAUCUGGGAGAAGGGGAUGGAAUCUGGGAGAAGGAGAUGGAAUCUGGGAGAAGGGGAUGGAAUCUGGGAGAAGGGGAUGGAAUCUGGGAGAAGGGGAUGGAAUCAGGGAGAAGGGGAUGGAAUAUGGGAGAAGGGGAUGGAAUCUGGGAGAAGGGGAUGGAAUCUGGGAGAAGGGGAUGGACUCUGGGAGAAGGGGAUGGAAUCUGGGAGAAGGGGAUGGAAUCUGGGAGAAGGGGAUAGAAUCUGGGAGAAGGGGAUGGAAUCUGGGAGAAGGGGACGGAAUCAGGGAGAAGGGGAUGAAAUCUGGGAGAAGGGGAUGGAAUCUUGGAGAAGGGGGUGGAAUCUGGGAGAAGGGGAUGGAAUCUGGGAGAAGGGGAUGGACUCUGGGAGAAGGGGAUGGAAUCUGGGAGAAGGGGAUGGAAUCUGGGAGAAGGGGAUGGAAUCUGGGAGAAGGGGAUGGAAUCUGGGAGAAGGGGACGGAAUCAGGGAGAAGGGGAUGAAAUCUGGGAGAAGGGGAUGGAAUCUUGGAGAAGGGGGUGGAAUCUGGGAGAAGGGAAUGGAAUCUGGGAGAACGGGAUGGAAUCUGGGAGAAGGAGAUGGAAUCUGGGAGAAGGGGAUGGAAUAUGGGAGAAGGGGAUGGAAUCUGGGAGAAGGGGAUGGAAUCUGGGAGAAGGGGAUGGAAUAUGGGAGAAGGGGAUGGAAUCUGGGAGAAGGGGAUGGAAUUUGGGAGAAGGGGAUGGAAUCUGGGAGAAGGGGGUGGAAUCUGGGAGAAGGGGAAGAAAUUUGGGAGAAGGGGAUGGAAUCAGGGAGAAGGGGAUGGAAUCUUGGAGAGGGGGAUUGA